AUGGAAAGGUGGAAAGGAUAUUUCAAGGAACUUAUGAAUAUUGCUAAUGACAAAGAUUUCCUUCCCGAUAUUGAGCCAAACAUAAGUAUGGUCGAACUCUUUCAGGUGGAUGAAGUGAGGACGCAAAUGAACAAGAUGCAAAAAGGAAAAGCUAAUGGCCCAGAUGGAAUUCCUAUGGAAGCAUGGGUCGGAUGCCGGGAAGAAGGAGUCACUACCAUGGCGAACCUCUUUAACAAGAUAUUGGGAGAAGAACGAAUUCCUAAUCAAUGGAGAGCAAGCACGAUUAUGCCCUUAUUCAAAGACAAGGAGACCCUCAGGAGUGUGUGGUGCUUGAGAAAACAAAAUAUCCCUGACGCACAUAUACGGCUUAUGAAAAAUAUCUAUGAAGCUUCAACUUCUUGUGUUAGAAAGACAGUUGGAGACUUAACCUUUUCGGAUUGA